CUUGGGAUAAAGUAUUCACGAAACGUUCGCCGGAGCGACGUCUUCAACGUCAGUGUGAAAUUAUUUUAAUAACCAGCCGGGUGCACUCAUUUAUUUACUCAAUUCCAAAUAAAUAAUAACAUUCACUUACAGUAUUUUAUACUUUCACUUACUUUCCAUUUUAUUUUAAUUUAUAAAUAAUAUAAAAUCUUCCUAUUGUGCCCUACACUUCAAUAUGUCUUCGGUAUUAUUCGAAUCAUUGAGUGACAAAGUAGCAUUAUUUAAUAAACAAGCUACCAGUCACGAACUAAGUCAACAACAGAACCCUUUCACAAGUGGUAUGAAUCUCGAAAAACCGAAGUUUUCCAAAGAAGAGUAUGGCAGACCAGCAGCGGGAUCGCUGUCAGAUAUUCGCGGGCGUAAAGCAACAGCUCAUAUUCUCAAAGAAAUCCUUGAACUCUGUGAUGUUAUUUAUCAGAACGGACAACCUUGCAAAGAUGAUCCAAAUAUAACUGGCAUUACUUUUGGAGAUUUAUUCAAUAUUUAUGUGGCGAUCAGUGACAAAUGUGUAGGGCUGUUACUGAGAGCUAGAAAACAAGGCUUUGUUCAAUUUGAGGGCGAAGUUCUUUUCCAGAGACGUGACGACGAUGUACCAAUUUUUCUAGUUAAACCGAUCGCAGAAAUAAGGCAAACAUUGAAAGAAAAAAUUGAAGAAUCGAAGCGCGAAACAAUGUUUCACUGACAAACGUUUAUUUUUUUAAAAGUUAUUGUUUAAAAUAAUGAAAAUUGAUUUUUAAGAUAAGGAUGAAUGUUUUUGUACAUACGUUUCAGCUGUACAUAUUUUAAGAACUUUUUAAGGAAUAUAUUGUUUAUCUGAUGUGAUAUAUUUUAGAGAAUAAACUUUUUGUUACAA